AUGCAUGAACCUGGCCCUCUCGCCGAGAACGCACAGAUUCUUGCCAAAAAGUUUCAAUCUAUGCUUUCACUUUUCCCCGCACGGCACGGAUCACGACUAGGCUCCUGCGGUGCUGGCAGAGUUGAUCGCAUCAACAAGUCCGAGAGCUCGGGCCAUGCCGCCAUCAGCGGCCGAGGCCAGUAA